CGCGCCGGCCGUUCAUCUGCCUCAUAAGGUGACCCCCACCUCACCCGUCCAAUCUUAAUUCGUUUCCCCUUUGCCCCCUCGCCGUCCCCGACCAUCGCGCCCCGCCCACUCCAAGCUCUGUGGCGCGCUAUAUAAACUCCACUCGCCACAGCUUCAGUGCAGCCAAGUACCAACGGUGAGUGUGUAAGAGUGUACGAUACUGAAAACGCAGGCGGUCACAUGGCGGAGCGGGAGUUCAAGCCGGCGGCGAUGGAGGUCGAGGGAGCCGAGGCGGCGUCCAAGGCGCGGUUCAGGAUGCCGGUGGACUCGGACAACAAGGCCACCGAGUUCUGGCUCUUCUCCUUCGCGAAGCCGCACAUGAGCGCCUUCCACAUGUCGUGGUUCUCCUUCUUCUGCUGCUUCGUGUCCACCUUCGCGGCGCCGCCGCUGCUGCCGCUCAUCCGGGACACGCUCGGGCUCACGGCCACGGACAUCGGCAACGCCGGAAUCGCCUCCGUGUCCGGCGCGGUCUUCGCGCGUCUCGCCAUGGGCACGGCGUGCGACCUGGUCGGGCCACGCCUGGCGUCCGCGGCCAUCAUACUGCUGACCACGCCGGCCGUGUACUGCUCAGCCAUCAUUGAUUCAGCCUCAUCCUUCCUGCUCGUGCGGUUCUUCACGGGAUUCUCCCUGGCCUCGUUCGUGUCCACGCAGUUCUGGAUGAGUUCCAUGUUCUCGCCGCCCAAGGUGGGGCUGGCCAACGGCGUCGCCGGCGGGUGGGGCAACCUCGGCGGCGGCGCCGUGCAGCUGCUCAUGCCGCUCGUGUACGAGGCCAUCCGCAAGAUCGGGAGCACGCCUUUCACGGCGUGGCGCGUGGCGUUCUUCAUCCCGGGCUUGAUGCAGACGUUCUCGGCCAUCGCGGUGCUGGCGCUCGGGCAGGACAUGCCCGACGGCAACUACCGGAAGCUGCACAAGUCCGGCGAGAUGCACAAGGACAGCUUCGGCAACGUGUUUCGCCACGCGGUGACCAACUACCGCGGCUGGAUCCUGGCGCUCACCUACGGCUACUGCUUCGGCGUGGAGCUCACCGUGGACAAUAUCGUCGCGCAGUACUUCUUUGACCGCUUCGGCGUCAACCUCCACACUGCCGGGCUCAUUGCCGCCAGCUUCGGGAUGGCCAACAUCAUCUCUCGCCCCGGCGGUGGGCUCAUGUCCGACUGGCUCUCCGACCGGUUCGGCAUGCGCGGCCGGUUGUGGGGGCUGUGGAUCGUUCAGACCAUCGGCGGAGUCCUGUGCGUGGUGCUCGGCGUCGUCGACUACUCCUUCGGCGCGUCCGUGGGCGUCAUGAUGCUCUUCUCCUUGUUCGUGCAGGCGGCCUGCGGGCUCAGCUUCGGCAUCGUGCCGUUCGUCUCCCGGAGGUCUCUAGGGCUGAUCUCCGGCAUGACCGGCGGUGGUGGCAACGUGGGCGCCGUGCUGACGCAGGUCAUCUUCUUCCACGGCUCCAGAUACAAGACGGAGACAGGGAUCAUGUACAUGGGGAUCAUGAUCAUCGCGUGCACGCUGCCGCUCACGCUCAUCUACUUCCCGCAGUGGGGCGGCAUGUUUGUGGGGCCGCGACCCGGAGCAACGGCGGAGGAUUACUACAGCCAAGAGUGGACAGCGCACGAGCGCGAGAAGGGGUUCAACACUGCGAGCGUGCGGUUUGCGGAGAACAGCUUGAGCGAGGGUGGGCGGAGAUCAGCGUCGGGCAGCCAGUCCAGGCACACCGUCCCCGUCGAAUCUUCGCCGGUCAACGUGUGAGCAACAUGCUUAUGGUACUAAUCAAGGCCCCGCGUGCACAAGAAUAUGUACUGUUCGUGAAUCGUGAUGACCUUACCGUUCCACCUUGAAACUAGUUGUGUGUUUUUAUCGCGUGUUAUUCAGUUGCGUGUUUAUUUCUGUUCGAAUGAAAAGUCUGGUGAUUAAUUUCGGAA